CUCAAUUGGAUCCCACAACGCAACAUGUAACAUUCGUAAUCAGUAUUCCAUACAGAAGUAGCAAAUAAAAAAAACGAGUUCCCGUUUCAUCACGCAGUGAUUCGUAGAACAGUUCCAUUCUCGAGUGAUUGAUAAAGCCAUCUGGACAUGAUUUUCCGCGUCACCGUUGUGUUACUGAUAGUAACCUCCUUCGCAACGGUAUCCAUCGGGCGCGCUGUGGCGGAUCGACGCAAAUGGAGCCAAGAAAUUACGCACUUGGAAAGUGCCACCGAUGGUACCUUACCAAUACUGCCAAAAGCUACCGAACUGAUCAUCGAAUCGAUUAUUGUUGAUCAUUGGAACGAGGCGCUGUUCAGUCGGCUUGAAAACACUAAAUAUCUCACAUUUUUGUACGGGAACAUUCCGAAGAUGUCAUUUCGAUCCACAAAACUGGAGACACUCUCAGCGAUUCAGCUUAAUCUAACCACUUUUGAAGUAGCGCGCGAAGAGAACCAUUCCUUGAAAACGCUACAACUUAGUCGGAACAGACUGAGCACACUAUCGCCCAACUUCCGAUUCCUCGUUGGCUUGGUCACAUUGGAUCUGUCCCAGAAUGAUUUAACAUUUAUCAAUCUCAAUUUGUUUGCCACAAUGAGACAGUUAAAAAAUCUUGAUUUAUCGGUAAACAAAAUAGCAAAUAUCGAGGCAACGACCGACUUGAGAUUGAAUCAACUGCACAAUCUCUGGGUCAGUUACAAUCAGCUGAACGAAUUCGAGUCGUUUCCCGCGGCUUUCCCAGCUUUGAAAACAGUUCGACUGAUUGGAAAUCUUUGGACCUGUGCAUGGGUUGAUCGUGCCCGAAAGCUAAUCAUGGACAAGCGGAUCGUUGCGUUUGGGGUGGACUACGGCUGUGGAGAAUAUCGGCAGGGUGGGCUUUGUUGUUAUGGAGAGCUGAGUGUGUCCACUAGCACCGAGAGUAGUCUGCUGAAGGAAGGUCCUCUGUUCGAAGAGAUCCAGAGAUUGACCGGUGAGCUAGCGACGAAACCAUUGAGCCUUUCGAGUGGACAAACAUUGGAGCUGUUGACGCAAAAUGGCAAGGGCAGUCAGAACACAAUAUUAGUUGGGGCAAAAAGUGAUAAAGUGACGGUAUUCUUCAGAUAAGGUUAUGUAGAGAAGGCAGUGAAUUUCAUGCAAUUAGUAAAUAUUCCAGUUCUAUACAAAGAGUGUUCCUAUGUGUGUAAAUAAAAACAACUUUGAAACAUCCACUAGUUGAUAACCAUGAAAUCAUAAAAUUUGGAAAAUGAUCAGAGAACGAGUAACAUUCGAACUGUUUUCAAAAGAACAAAACGAUGAGUUGUAAACUUAAUCAAUCAAUUGAUAUUAUUCAAUCUUAUAUCUAACAUUAAUCGAAGGAUAUGGAAAACUGUUAUGCCUCUGCAGUGCGAGAUACGCUAUAAUUUGGGAUUUUUAAUAUCGCGUUCUUUGGUUUUGACUGGAGUGAAUAUGAGUGGUUGAGUUUUUGCCUUGUAAGCGUGUAAGUUUGAUGCAUGAAUGACAAUUGAAUAUUUAACAAAAAGCCAAUGCUAGUUUUGAUUUUGAACUAAUCGAACUUUUAUCAAAAUGCUUCAGUUGUAGGAACAAGCUUAUCAAGUGUU